AUGAAUCCGUUGUGUCACAUUCGUCAAUGGAGUCCAGAGGAGAUCGGUCGACUACUGAAAGUCAAAGGAACAAUUCAAGAUGUGGAUGGAUUGUGUUCGUUCAAGGUGUCCAGCCGACCUCGCAAGUCCUGUGACGUUGCUGCACACUAUCGCAUUCCUCUUCAUGCGCUGAACAAGAAAUUUGGCCUGUAUAGGAAGAUUGUGGAACACCUCAGUGCUUCAUCCCAUUUUAACGCUGCCCAGAUGCGUGAUGUUUAUGCCUCAAUCAUGGACUACAUGAAUGAAGUUCGCAUUGCAUUCCUGGAAGACGCUGCAGGGUCCCUAGAUGCAUUACAUGGUCGCUUUAGAUCCCCGGCGCUCGAUUACUAUCUCUGGUUGGAUCAUACAUGCAGUGGCUUUGAUUCCCAGUAUCGUAAAGUCCUACAAGAGACUCAUGGAGUUACAUUUGAGUGUAUACGGGAUUCAACAUGCUCUGAUAUACUUAUGUUUCUCGAUUGGCGUGCAUAUCAUAACAAACACUGUGAGGAGCAUGACUGCUGUGGUGCGCUGCAGGGUUGUGGUACCGGCGAAGACGUCCAGCAGUUGCUUGCCGCAGUCGAUUCCUCUCUCAAUGCUUCCAAUGCUCCAGUAGAACAUGGAGCUGGUACGGAUACCACCUGCACGACGCAUCCAGGCGAUACUGCUGCCCCAGUGGCGACUCAAUCACACUGCGUUGAUUCGGUGCGUGCCUCGUGUAUCUAA